AUGGAGAACCUACAGCACUCUAUUCAAACUCUGAAGGGCUCCGACAGGCAUCCUGUUAUACCUGUAGCACAGCUUCAUCUGGGAUAUACCUGCAACAUGAACUCUGAAUAUGACCAAAGUUCUGUAGUACAGCAAAGUCCAUUAGUAUGCUGUUCAGCUCACAAAGAAAAGAAACCAUAUAAAUGUCCUGAAUGCAAUAAAUACUUCAAAUACAAGAGCCAUCUAGUAAUACAUGAAAGGAUUCACACUGGGGAGAAACCAUAUAAAUGUGCUGAAUGUAGUAAGGGAUUCACAACAGCUGGUAACCUUAGAUCUCAUCUGUCAGUUCACAGUGGGGAGAAACCAUAUAAAUGUCCUGAAUGCAAUAAAUACUUCAAAUACAAGUGCCAUCUAGUAAUACAUGAAAAGAUUCACACUGGGGUGAGACCAUAUACAUGUUCUGAAUGCAGUAAGGGAUUCACAUCAGCUGGUAACCUUAGAACUCAUCUGUCAGUUCACAGUGGGGAGAAACCAUAUAAAUGUUCUGAAUGCAGUAAGUGUUUCAGACUAAGGGGGGAUCUAGAAAAACAUGAAAGGAUUCACAUGGUCAAGGGGGAGAAACCAUAUAAAUGUGCUGAAUGCAGUAAGGGAUUCACAUCAGCUGGUACCCUUAGAAUUCAUCUGUCAGUUCACAGUGGGGAGAAACCAUAUAAAUGUCCUGAAUGCAAUAAGUGUUUCAGACAAAGGUGGGAUCUAGUAAUACAUGAAAGGACUCAUAUGAGGGAGAGACCAUAUAAAUGUCCUGAAUGCAGUAAGGGAUUCACAACAGCUAAAAACCUUAGAAAGCAUCUGUCAGUUCACAGUGGGGAGAAACCAUAUAAAUGUCCUGAAUCCAGUAAGUGUUUCAGACAAAGUAGGACUCUAGUAAAACAUGAAAAGACUCACACGGAUGAAAAGUCAGCAAACAAAGGAGAGUAG